CGCCGACGAAGCAGUUUGAACUCCGAACGCCGGUCCUUGUGGUGCUCCGCGAAGUUCGCUCCCCUCGUGAAAUUGAGAAUUCGCGAGUCGAGGAGUCCGAAGUUUCAAAGAAUUCUCCGAGCUUCCGCUACGUUCGUUUUGAAUUCAUCCCUUGCCUGCCCGUCGUUUUCCGUUACAAGUGAUUCGAGGAUCUCGAAUAAUAAAACUUUAUUAAACAAUACCGUGUACCGGAUGUGCAUCCGUCGUAUGAAUACUACAAAUCGCGUCGCGCGGGUUAGAAGUUAAGUGAUUCGCUUAUCUCAGUGAGAAUUGGAGAACGGUAUCUCAACAGUUUUGAAAUCAGAGGUGAAAAUGGGACUGAAAAAGUUUAAAAUAAUUUUAGACAGUCCGGUGUUCUUUGCGGGGCAAACAGUGAGAGGAAAAUUGCGCUUGACGUUGGAUAAGCCAACAAAGAUUCGUGGAAUAAAAUUGAAGUACAGCGGAGAUGGAAGAGUUCGGUGGACGGAAAUACACAUGAUAAACGGAAGUCCGGCCACUUACACCUAUUCGGAUGACGAGACUUACUUCAAACACGAAGAAAUCGUUUUCAGUAGUUUUGACCUCAAAGAUGAACUCGACGCUGGAGAACAUGUUUUCGACUUUGAAUCAGACCUGCCGAAGCAUUUGCCAAACAGUUUUGAAGGUCGGUAUGGGCGAAUCAGGUACUCUGUGAAAGGGGUAAUCGAUGUGCCGAAAAAACUAACUUCUAAAACAAAAGUGCCAUUCACUGUAGUAUCGCUCCUUGACCUCAACAGGGACCCGAUUGCGGCGAAUCCAGUAAACGAGGAAAAAUUCAAAACAUUCUGGGGCCACCUCAAGCCUCUGAUAGUAAAGUUGUCUCUUCCAGUGCGUGGUUAUGUGCCUGGACAAGUGAUACCAGUCAAAGCGUUGGUGACUAAUGACACAGGGGUUGAAAUCAAGAAACUGCGAGUUCAACUGAAGAAGAUCACAAAUUUUCACACUAAAUUGAAGACUCAGGAGGUGAAGGAGGUGAUAACUGAGUGUGACCUGCACCUGGAACAUGGCCAUGGUAAAGAGGAGGCUUCCGUCGAUCUAAAGGUACCAGCCCUGCCCCCUUCACGGAUGGAGUACUGUAAGAUCAUAGACAUAGAUUACAAAGUGAUCGUUGAGGCCUGCGUCGAGAGCUGGUACCACAAGAACAUGAAGACUGUGACCGAUAUCGUCAUCGGCUCGGUGCCCUUGCUCUGCUACCAGAUCCCUGUGGCUGCCUUUCCUUUGUCGAGGUCACCACCAACCCUACAUUCCGAGUUUCGUCCUCUCGGUGAUCAGCCACCCGCGCAAGUCGCGUCACAACCUUACCAAGACAUCUAUGGUGGCGAAGUCGCGACUCCAAUUUACGAAGAAACGAUUGAGUACCCGUCGGAGAAGAGAGAAAAACACAAAAAGAAGGAAAAAGAGGAGGGAGAUCAGAGUGCGAAGGCGGAAAAUGUAGGCAUUGAAGAUGCCGACAGCGAUGGGGAAGUGACGAGCUUCGCGCCAUUGUAUCCAGUUUUCAAAUUUGGAACCCGGAACAAUGACGCAUCGUAGAAUGGGGGUCGAAGCUUUGUUUGCUAUCCUAACACGUCACAUACUCGAUUUACGUCUACACGCGUCAUUGUUUAAGAAUUCCCGUCCGGUCGGUAUUUCGGAACCCGUCAGCCAAUAUUUUCCUGCGAAGUACCGUUUAAUGUGUAUUGUAUGCAUGUAUGUAUGUUUUUACGUAUGUAUAUAUUUAUGUUCUCCACAUUAUUCUUAAUAUCUAUUCGUUACCAAGAUAAAUAAAAACCUCAAU